CGUAAAUAAGACGUCAUCAGGGCCGGCGCCAGCCUCCAAGCCUGACGGGAUUGUGGCGGUCCUGUCUCCCAACUCGGAAGCUACCGCUGCCUCUGGGACGCGCUCAAGAUGGCGACCUCGCUGGGUUCCAACACCUACAACAGGCAGAACUGGGAGGAUGCGGACUUCCCCAUUCUGUGCCAGACGUGUCUUGGAGAAAAUCCGUAUAUCCGAAUGACCAAAGAAAAGUAUGGAAAGGAAUGCAAAAUCUGUGCCAGGCCAUUCACUGUGUUCCGCUGGUGCCCUGGGGUCCGCAUGCGUUUCAAGAAGACUGAAGUGUGCCAGACCUGCAGUAAAUUGAAGAAUGUCUGUCAGACCUGCCUCUUGGACCUCGAGUAUGGCCUGCCCAUCCAGGUUCGUGAUGCAGGACUGUCUUUUAAAGAUGACAUGCCAAAAUCUGACGUCAACAAAGAGUACUACACACAGAAUAUGGAGAGAGAAAUUUCCAACUCUGAUGGGACACGGCCAGUCGGCAUGCUGGGGAAGGCCACCUCCACCAGUGACAUGCUGCUCAAACUGGCCCGGACCACACCCUACUACAAACGGAACCGGCCCCACAUUUGUUCCUUCUGGGUGAAAGGAGAGUGUAAAAGAGGCGAGGAAUGUCCAUACAGACAUGAGAAGCCUACAGAUCCAGAUGAUCCCCUUGCUGAUCAGAAUAUUAAAGACCGAUAUUAUGGAAUCAAUGAUCCUGUAGCGGAUAAGCUUCUAAAACGGGCUUCAACCAUGCCCCGUCUGGACCCACCAGAGGACAAGACCAUCACCACACUCUAUGUUGGGGGUCUGGGUGAUACCAUUACUGAGACAGAUCUAAGAAAUCACUUCUACCAGUUUGGAGAGAUUCGGACGAUCACUGUUGUUCAGAGACAGCAGUGUGCUUUUAUCCAGUUUGCCACAAGGCAGGCCGCAGAAGUGGCUGCUGAGAAGUCCUUUAAUAAACUGAUUGUCAAUGGCCGCAGACUCAAUGUGAAAUGGGGCAGAUCCCAAGCAGCCAGAGGAAAAGAGAAGGAGAAGGAUGGAACCACAGACUCUGGGAUCAAGCUGGAGCCUGUUCCGGGACUGCCAGGGGCUCUUCCUCCUCCUCCUGCGGCAGAAGAAGAAGCCUCUGCCAAUUACUUCAACCUGCCCCCAAGUGGUCCCCCGGCUGUGGUGAACAUUGCGCUGCCACCACCCCCUGGCAUCGCUCCACCCCCACCCCCAGGUUUUGGGCCACACAUGUUCCACCCAAUGGGACCACCCCCUCCUUUCAUGAGGGCCCCAGGACCAAUCCACUACCCUUCUCAGGACCCGCAGAGGAUGGGGGCUCAUGCUGGGAAACACAGCAGCCCCUAGCACAUUCUUACCACUCUGGGGCUACGUGGAAGAAAGGGCGCUUAAAAAUCCCAGUAAAUGAAUCUUGGAAUAAAUCUAUUUUUCCUUCCUUUGUAGUUUCCAUGGUAGCUGAAUGUGUUCAGAUGUGGGCAGUUGGAGAAUGGCAGCCAUGCUUUCCUACACGUAUUCA